AUGGGAAAUGAUCCCUGGCCGCUUGAUUUCUCGCAGAACCAUGGGACUCAGGCUGAAAUGAGGAAGUGCUCUUUGCAGAAAAGAAAAGUCAGUCCUGAAUCUUACUCUCGGGUUUUUCAGGUCUGUGGAUUUCAGGAGACAAAUACUGAGGUAAAACACUAUUAUGAAGUUAAUUUCAGAGAAGAAAAGGGGUCAAGAAGAGAGAUAGAAAAAGGUGCAGUUAAAGUGAGAGAACAGCCUUCUCCUAAUUUGGAAAAAUAUGCUAAACCUGUUUUCCUGGAUUCUAAGAGCCUGGUACUAUGCACAUCUGCUUUUAUAUCUGGACUUGAAUUUCCUGCCACAGUUGUCUAUAGAACCCUGUUUGAUGCAAGUCAUUUGCUGAGAUCUGAUAAGAAGGUUUCAGACAGAUAUUCAACAACCGGUCAGAGCUCUGUCACAUGGCAGCAGUUUCUGGAUGGUGAUUUACAGUUCUGCAAAUGGGUCAGAGAAAAGAUAAUUCUUGGAAAAGAGAGUGGAGAACUGGUUGUUCCUAAAAGGCUUCCUCUGAUGCAUAAGCGAGGUAUUGAGUAUAUCCACGACAAUGACAUUCAGGAAAUUUAUGAAGAAGAAUUGUUGUAUAAAUUAAAAAUAAAGAGAAAAAUCUUGAUACUUCAUCUUAUAAGAUCAAGGGAAUUCCUAUCCUCAAAUUAUAGUGAAAUAUUAUACUCCCCGAAUGAAGAAAUGAUCACCAGGCAUCCUGAAAUUGUGGAUCAUUGUUUUUACCAAGGGUCCAUUGUACAUGAACAUGAUUCUUCUGCCAGCAUCAGCACAUGUGAUGGUCUGAGGGAGUUCUUUAGAAUAUAUGACCACAGUUACUUCAUUAAAACAAUGAAAAAUUCAGAUAAUGGAGAACAUUUGGUAUUCAAAUAUAACCCAAGGGUGACGUUUUCUGCAAAUUAUUCUUGUAGAGAAGCCAAUUUUACUAGGAUAACUCUUUUAAAGAAUAAUACUAAAUCCACUGAAGACUCCAAUAUGGCAAACAUAUAUGAAGAAAAGUUUAUUGAAUUAUACAUUGUUGCUGAUAUGAGUGUGUAUCACAGGAAUAAUUAUCUUCACAGUAAACUAAGAAGUUGAGUAUGGGGCAUGGUCAAUUUUGUCAAUAUGAUUUUAAUUGGCAAAUGGUUCAACACUCCCACACAAGGAGCUUCCUUCUCAGGGGGUAUGUGCCUGCCUUAUUAUUCAUCAAGUAUUGUCAAGGAUUUUUCACCUGACCUAAAUGUAGUCGCAAGCAAAAUGGCUCAUCAGCUGGGGCAUAAUCUUGGGAUGCUCCAUGAUGAAUGCCCUUGUAUUUGUACUUUGGGAGCAUGUGUGAUGGAUCCCAACGGAAGUGCUCCUGCUAUAAAAUUCAGUAAAUGCAACAAAAUCCAGUUCAUGGAGUAUUUCAAGGAUCAUAAAACAACAUGCAUUGUCAAUAUUUCAUUUUCCUAUCAAUUAAGUGAUCCCCCAUAUUGUGGAAAUAAUAAAUUGGAUGAUGGAGAAGAAUGUGACUGUGGAUCGUUUCAGGAGUGCACUAAUCCAUGCUGUGAUGCACAUAAAUGUAUGUUGAAGCCAGGAUUUACUUGUGCAGAAGGAGAAUGCUGUGAAUUUUGUCCGAUGAAAAAAGCAGGUUCCAUACGUAGACCAAAGAGAGAUGAAUGUGAUUUUCCUGAAAAGUGUACUGGCCAUUAUUCUGCGUGUCCUAAAGACCAAUUCCAAGUAAAUGGAUUUCCUUGCAAUAAUGCAAAAGGCUAUUGCUUCAUGGGAAAAUGUUCCACCCAGGAUGAUCAAUGUCUGAAAUUGUUUAGUGAUGGAGCAAAAGACAGUUCCGAGAAUUGUUAUGAGUUAAAUUAAAAAGGAAAUAGAUUUGGAUACUGCAAAAACAAGGGAAGUGGAUUAAUGCCCUGUGAAGAGUAAGACAUCAAAUGUGGAAAGAUAUACUGCACAGGAGGGCAACAUCUACCUAGUCUUGGAGAAGAAAAGAUUUAUUAUCUUAAAAGAUUUCAAAAACAAAAUGCCACCACUGAAUGCAAAACCUUCUUUCUGUAUGACAAUUUUGAAGAUUUGGGCUUGGUUGCUCCAGGAACAAAAUGCGGAGAUAAAAUGGUAUGCAGUAAUGGUGAAUGUUUGAAUAUGGAUGAGUUCUACAAUUCAAUCAAUUGCUCUGCUGAGUGCAAGGACAAUGCUGUAAGCCAGAAUGCCAAUAUAUCUAUUUUGAUAAUUGUGUUUUUCCUGGUUUUAAUUGGUGCUGGAAGCACUACAUUUUUAAUUCAUCAAAAAUGUAUUAAUUUGAAGCAAGUUCAAAGCCCACCUAGAGAAAUACUGGGAAUAGAGAAUAAAGGAUACUUUGGGGAUGAGCUACAGACAAGGAGUGAGCCAAUAUUACUGGAUAUUAAUCAACUCCAAAAACUUCCAGAGGUGACCUGUCUGUUUCACUUCUCUUCAGAUUUGGAAGAGACUGACCUUGAAUCCUCUUCUCUUGAGACUGAUGGUGGAAGGUGA